CGCAGGCAGGCCCCGUGGUCGCUGCCCCCGUCUGCUCCCUGUGCUUUCCCUCGGGGCUGCGAUCUUCGGGGGGCUGCGAUCUUCGGGGGGCUGCCGUGCAGCCGGUGCUUCCCAUGGGAGCACCUGCCCCAGGACACCCCCUCCUUUCAGCUCCGUGCCCAACAGGAACAGAAAUGAAAGCAAAUUUGGGUGGCCCUCCCGUGAGCAGCAGGCACCCGUCAGACCUAUCGUGUGAGACCUGCACAGCCGCUCUCCUUCCUGUCCGCACUCGCCCCGGGAUUCCCCAUCGCUAACGGCGUUAGUAGGGGGUUCUGCUCAGAUUUUUCUCGGUUUUCUCACUGGAAUAAAGUAUCUGGCAGGGUCCCGGCGCGGUGCUGGUGUGAAGAGGAAUGGCAGGCGCCCGCCGGGCCGCUGAAGGAGCGGAAGGCGGCGCCUUGCCAGGGCGCGGGCGGUGAGGGGCGGCCCCGCUGCCCGGCUCCCGCCUCCUCCCUCCCCUCAGCGGCUCGGCUUCUCCUCCCACCGCCUGCCUUCCCUUAGCAGGGCGGCAGCUGGAGCGGGGUGCGGGGGUUGUGGGAUCGCUCCGUACCGGGCUGCGCGGCCGAUCUGGGCUCUCCUAAGCCGCCAGCUUCUUCCCCCUGUUUGCAUGUGCAUUGGAGUAGUGGGUGUUCCAGUCCUUGCAGGAGUUAAACCAACCUCCUGCAAACAUGGCAGACGAGGACCUUAUUUUUCGUAUGGAAGGGAUUGAUAAUGCCAGAACUACUCCACUGGACUCUGGGAAUUAUCUUGAUGCUGAUAGUGAUGAUGAAGACAAUUAUUUCAUCUGUCCAAUAACUGAUGAUCCAGUUUCUAACAAGUCUGCCAAUACCAAAGUAGACAAUUAUUACAGCAGCUUAGCAAAAACUGAGCAGUACAGUUCAAGCUCUUCUCCCAGAAGCUUUAGCUUUAAGAAUGACACACAACAUCGUUCUAAGCAUGGCUCUGUGGUUGACCAUGGUCGGGAAACCUGGAGACAUGCUAUUGAGAAAGCCAAGCACAUGCCUGAUCCCUGGGCAGAAUUUCACUUGGAGGACAUUGAGACGGAGCAUGCCACUCGUUACAGGUACAAUGCAGUUACUGGGGACUGGGUUGAAGAUGAAGUCCUUAUAAAGAUGGCUUCUCAACCUUUCGGCCGUGGAGCAAUGCGAGAGUGUUUCAGAACAAAAAAGCUGUCCAACUUCUUACACACUCAGAACUGGAAAGGUGCCUAUAAUUAUGUUGCCAAGCAAUACAUAGAGAGUGUGAGCAGAGAUGUUUAUUUUGAGGAUGUUCGACUGCAGAUGGAAGCAAAACUCUGGGGAGAAGAGUACAACCGGCACAAGCCACCAAAACAGGUGGAUAUAGUGCAGACCUGUAUUAUUGAAAUGAAGAACAGGCCUGGAAAGCCUCUCUUUCAUCUGGAACAUUACAUUGAGGGCAAAUACAUCAAAUACAACUCAAAUUCUGGAUUUGUCCGAGACGACAACAUUCGUCUAACUCCACAAGCUUUCAGUCACUUCACUUUUGAGCGUUCAGGACACCAGCUCAUUGUUGUUGAUAUCCAGGGAGUUGGAGAUCUUUACACAGACCCUCAGAUCCAUACAGAGAGUGGUACAGAUUUUGGAGAUGGCAACCUAGGUGUUCGAGGUAUGGCCUUGUUCUUUCAUUCUCAUUUCUGCAACAACAUCUGCAAAAGCAUGGGACUUGCACCAUUUGAUCUCUCAUCCAAAGAGAAAGAUGCCUUGGAUUAUAAUAAAAAAAUGCUUGAAUCUGCUCAAACAAUUCUCCGUGGCACAGAGGAGAAAUGCGGCAGCAGCCGGGUGAGGACGGUGUCCGGGAGCCGGCCCCCCCUGCUCUUCCGCCUGUCUGAAAACUCUGGGGAUGAGAGCAUGAGUGAUGUGGCAUUUGACUCCCUGCCCUGCUCUCCCUCCUCUGCAACCCCUCACAGCCACAAGGUGGACAUGCUUAAUUGGCCUGUGUUCAAUGAAGUGGAUAACUUGGAUCAUCUUGACAACAAAAGGGAUUUUGAAAAUGGUGGAGACAGUGGAUAUCCCAGUGAAAAGAGAAGUGAGACAGAAGAUCUGGAUCAUAGAGAGAGGGGCCAUUCAAACAACAACCAGAAGCAGGAGUCUGAUGAAGACAGUUUGGGAAGCUCUGCAAGGAUCAGUGUGGAGAAGUGGAAUCUUUACAACUCUUCCAGAGUCCACAUCCAUAGACCGUCCUGUGUUGCCCAAGAAAUUCAGAGGCUCAAUGCACUAGAACUUGAAAAGAAAAUUGGGAAGUCAGUCCUUGGAAAGGUUCACCUGGCCAUGGUUCGCUAUCAUGAAGCCGGGCGCUUCUGUGAGAAGGACAAGGAAUGGGAUCAGGAGUCAGCCCUGUUCCACCUGGAGCAUGCUGCAGACUGCGGGGAGCUGGAAGCCAUCGUUGGGUUAGGCCUCAUGUGCUCUCAGCUGCCACAUCACAUUCUUUCCGAGGUCACUCUCGAGGAUACAAAGGAGAACAGAAAUAAAGGAUUUAAUUACUUGUUGAGAGCAGCAGAAGCUGGAGACCGGCCUUCCAUGAUUCUGGUAGCAAGAGCAUAUGAUACAGGUGUAAAUCUUGGUGCAGACAGAGCCCAGGAUUGGAAGGAGGCACUUCACUGGUACAACGCCGCGCUGAACAGGACUGACUGUGAUGAGGGAGGUGAAUAUGAUGGCACUCAGGAUGAGCCCCGGUAUCUGCUCCUGGCCAGGGAAGCAGAGAUGUUAAUGAUGGGAGGGUUCAACCUGGAUAAAGAUCCACAGAGAUCAGGUGAGCUUUACACAGAAGCAGCAGAAGCAGCCAUGGAAGCCAUGAAGGGCAGACUGGCAAAUCAGUAUUACCAAAAAGCAGAAGAGGCUUGGGCGAUGAUGGAAGAAUGACACUGAAAUUAAGCAAUUCUUGUAUAUAAAUUUGUUAUAGACUUGCUGCAUUUGCAGCAAGUAGUUUUAUGUGAUGUUAACAGGUUGGUUUUUCUUUGUAUUUUAGUUUUAUAAUUUUUUUUUUGAGGGUAGAAAUCUCAAUGUAAGGAUUAUGUAGGGUGCCGUAGCAUACUUCUGUUUGUGUUUCAAAGUUGUAAUACACACACACUUGAACCUUUUUGUACUUUUUUUACUGUUAUAACUGAGGGGCCUAGUUUUUUUGACAAAAGAAAACCAGGCCUUAUUGUUUAGGUUUUAUGUGUCCUGUUUUUUACACAGCAAAUGAUCAGUGUGUUUACAUUUUUCUUCUCCUCCCCACAUACAGAAAAACAUUUUCCUAAACUCUCAGCAUUUCUUCAUCAUUUUUGGUGUAUCUCACCAAACUUGCACAUGAACGUAAAUUUUCAGUUUAUGGAUGCAGCUACUGAUGUUAAUAAGUAGUCCCAUUCUGUUUUGCUGACAUUAUUGGACACUUACCCUCAAAUGAAUUUCAGAUGGAAUCCUUAGUUUGGGAGGGGUAGGGAAGAUGAUUCAGAUUGGCAGUGAGGAUAUUCAGGGUAGAAUGUUUUAUUCAUUACCAACAUUGCAUGUUAUACUAUUAGAAAAUCAUUCAUGUUCUUGAUGAGGUGAGGCAUCCAGCUACCUCUCUCAUUUUCACAUUUUGCACCAUAUAAAAUUUUAUUUGUAUAAAAGUCUACUGAUCUUAUAUUUGUCCAAUGAUGUACAGUAGCAAGAUUUGUAAUAAUAUAUGGGUAAUUUGAAGUUAGUUUUACAGUGGCAUCUCAAAUCUCAGUGAAGCUAGAUCAUCUCACUUAAGAUGAGAACACAUUUUCCACCAUUUCCAGAUUGAUGUUUGAAGAGGUUAGGAUAUAUUGAUUCACCUUUUCUAUGUACAGAAAACAAUUUACACGGUUUAAGUAUAUUUUAAAUGGUAUUUUAUCUGCAAAUACUGUUUAGAGAAGAAAGGGAAAACGGUAUUACCCCCAAACACUUGAAUUUGUGUCCUCUUUGCCUAAUCCUAAUCAGUGAGGGGAGGACAAAUACAUGGUGGUGGUUGAAUUAUUGCAUAGAGGUAAGUUUCUUCAAAUCCAGUCUUUUAUUCCAAAGCUGCUGUGCCAUCUAUGUGGAUAGUUCAGAAGCUGUUCCUGUUCCUUGGUUGUGGUUAACAGUAAUUUUGCAGGAGAUUUAAGAUGGAAGCUUCUGCCUCCUUGGCCUGGCAGUCUCCUGAGGUGUAAAUUGAUGUGCACAAGGGGCAGCCCCUGUGAAGUGCUGAAUGACCUGUAAUGCUCAACACUUCAGCCAAGCUCUUAAAAGCAGGUGUAAAGCUAAGCAGGCCAUGAGAUGAUGCAGGAUUGAUCAGGAUUUCUCACAUGCAUAGCCAAGGAAUAUUAAUUUCUUGUAAAAUGCAGAAACUGUUCAGGGAACAGAAAUCAGUUCUUCCUUUCCUGUCCCAAGUGCCUGUCACUGGAAUCAAAUUAUGUUCCCAUUUUCUCUUUUUUAUGGCAAGUGUAUCUUGAAUUGCUGUUUAGACAUUAUCAAAGAGAGAUGUCAGUAACAUCUGCCACUGUAAGGGAGAAUUUG